AUGGAAGCAAUGUCAACUCACCUGCCUAAGCAUCCAGUAACAACCUCUGUGGAACCAUUCAACAGUGUUAAAGUACUAGCAGAAUCUACAGAUCUAAAGUCUGUUCCAUCUGAAUUUUCUUUUGUGAAUGAACCCAUAGGUUCAAACUCUGAUUCAAUCCCCAUCAUUGAUUUCACCCUAUUCACCUCUGGAAAUCCUGAUCAAAUGAGUUUCUGUGCUCAAUUAUUGGCAAAUGCACAAGCAGUAGCUGAGAAAAACAGUAAGAAACCACUACUAGAAGUUGUCAAUAGAAUUGUAGGAAAAGAGGAGGAGUGCAAGAAAAUCAUCAAAGAAGAUUGGAAAGCUCUGACUGGGAUCCUCACUGCUCGAAGCAAGGCUGCUUGUGGAAUUACCAAGAAACCAAAGGAUCCAAUAGUUAACAUUGAUGCAGCAGAUGUGGAUAAUGAAUUGGCAGCCGUGGAGUAUGUUGAGGAUAUCUACAAGUUCUACAAGCUUGCAGAGGAUGAUGCUCGAGUUCGUGAUUACAUGGAUUUGCAGCCGGAAAUCAAUUCUAAAAUGAGAGAGAUCCUUGUAGACUGGUUGGUUGAAGUUCACAAGAAAUUUGAUCUGAUGCCUGAAAGUCUGUACCUCACAAUCAAUAUAGUAGACCGUUUUCUUUCAAUGAGGACUGUUUCAAGAAGGGAACUUCAGCUGGUUGGCAUCAGCUCAAUGCUGAUUGCAUGCAAGUAUGAAGAGAUAUGGGCACCUGAGGUAAGCGAUUUCAUAGCUAUAUCAGACAAUGCUUAUAUCAGAGAACAAGUUCUACUCAUGGAGAAAGCAAUUCUGGGGAAAUUGGAAUGGUAUUUGACAGUUCCAACUCCAUAUGUCUUUCUAGUUCGAUAUGCUAAAGCAUCUGUCCCGGCUGAUCAGGAGAUGGAGAGCAUGGCAUUUUUCUUUGCUGAACUUGGUUUGAUGAACUACUCAACCAUCAUCCAGUAUUGCCCCUCAAAGCUUGCUGCAGCUGCAGUCUAUGCAGCCCGAUGCACUCUUAACAAGACUCCCCUUUGGAAUGAAACUCUUAACCACCAUACAGGCUACAGCGAAGAUCAGCUGAUGGAGUGCGCAAAACUCUUGGUCCAAUUCCACUCUGGGGCAGCAGAAAAUAAGCUCAAGGCAGUUUCACGAAAAUAUUCAAAUCCUGAUAGGGCUGCUGUUGCUCUUUUUCCACCAGCAAGAAAUCUAAUUCUAGCUUGA